UCCAUGACCAGAGAUACUUCAUUCUGAGGGGGAAAAAAACCAAGGCAACGCUAGAGUCUUCCUCUGUCUUAUUCAGAUACCUGCAGAAAAGAGAUAAUGACAGCCUGGUCCUAUCUUGAGCUGUGGAAAACCUCUCACUCAACUCUGUUCCAAAUGACCCUGGCCACCAUUCUGAUGGCUCCUGUUCUUGGUGAUUGCGGCCCUCCGCCCAGUUUACCGUUUGCUUCUCCAAUCAACCAGUUGUAUGAGACAACCUUCGCUACUGGAACUGUUCUGAAAUACAACUGCCAUCACGGCUUCAAGAAAGUCAAUUCGAGCCAUCUUACUUGUGAUGAAAAUGGCUCGUGGAUCUAUAGUAUCUUUUGUGCCAAGAGACGAUGCAGAAACCCGGGUGAGUUGGUCAAUGGGAAAGUAGAAAUUACAACGGAUCUCUUCUUAGGGUCAACCAUAGAAUUCAGCUGCGCAAAGGGAUACCUUCUGAUUGGCUCAGCAACUAGUCGGUGUGAGAUCCAAGGUAAAGGAGUUGACUGGAGUGAUUCUCUCCCAGAAUGUGUAAUUGUCACGUGCGAGGCCCCUCCAGAAAUCAGCAACGGGAAGCACAGCGGUAGAGAGGAAGAUCUUUACACAUAUGGCUCCUCAGUCACCUACAGCUGUGACCCUAGCUUCACGCUCCUUGGCAAUGCCUCCAUUGUCUGCACUGUGGUGAACAAAACAGUAGGUGUUUGGAGUCCAAGCCCUCCUGCCUGUGAAAAAACCAUCUGUCAUCAGCCACAGAUUCCAAAGGGGGACUUGAUCCCUGGAUUUCGACAGUUCUAUACUUACAGAGACUCUAUUGAGGUCAGAUGCAUGAAGGGUUAUGUCCUCAGAGGCAGCAGCUUAAUCCACUGUGAAGCUAAUAGCGAGUGGUACCCUUCUGUCCCCACUUGUGAGCCCAAUGGUUGUAUUGACUUGCCAGAGGUUCCCAAUGCUUUCUUGGAGGGCAAUAAGUUUCCCUUAAGAAAUUUUGAAGUAUUUGAAAUUGGGACCAAAUUGAAAUACCAGUGUAAACCUGGCUACCGGCCGGCUCCCAGUGAGCCCCAGAUAGUGAUGUGUCAAGAGAAUCUGACGUGGACGCCUAACAAAGGCUGUGAAAGGAUUUGUUGCCCAGCACCAAAUAUGGAUAAAAUCAAAAUUGUAAGUGAAAGGAGAGAUUUCACUGGUAUAUGCAUCUAUGCCUAUGGAGACUAUGUUUUCUAUAUUUGUGGUGAAGGUACUUACCCUAUGUCUACUGAUGGAAGGAGUUCAUGUCAAUCAGAUGGAAAGUGGGAACCUGCGAUACCAUCAUGUCAAGUAGAUCUGCAAAACCGUCUUGGUGUUACCCCAUCAAACUUAGCAGAAAAAGUCACGAAGAGCAAUAAAUAUCUGUAUUAUAAUGAAGACAGCUCAAGGUACAUUCCCAUCAAAGGAUUUUGCCCCAAACCAGUGAUCAUACAUGGAAACUUGUCUGUGGAGAAAGAUCACUAUGCUGAAAUGGAAAAUAUCACCAUUAAAUGUAAUCCUGGAUAUAACUUAGUUGGUUCCCCAAGCAUCAUUUGUUCGGAAAACAGAACAUGGUACCCUGAGGUACCCAACUGUAAGAUAAUGGAAGUCCUUGAAAACUGCAGAGAAGUGAAUGAAGGCAGAAAACUCUUGCAGUGUCUCUCAAACCCAGAAGAUGUGAAAAUGGCCCUGGAGGUGUACAAACUGUCUCUGGAGAUCGAACGAUUAGAAGAGGAGAAAGAGAAGUGGACACGGUUCCACAGGAGACCUUUCACACGCAUUAAAAUUAAGGGGCCUCUUAGGCCUUUUGAUUAAUGUGCAGAAUCUCCAUGCAGCAGCUGUACUGACGCCUAAGUGCUACCAGUCCUGUUAAAAAAGUUUCUGGGCCAGAAGAACUUACAUGUAUUUUUGUUUUAUUUUUGAAGCUAUGUCAAUGAGUAUUGGCUAGCUAUUAUGGUUCAAUUGUCUACUUGGCUCAACUCACUAUAAUGGUUAAAUAUAAACUAUAAAAACCAAA